AUGGACUGGGAUUCUGCAAUUAGAGUUGGAGUGCUCGACUGUGGGGAAGAAGGGAACUACGAGACGUGCAAAGAAUAUGGGAUUCAYUAUUACCCAACUUUUAGGUACUUCAAAGCAUUUACAAAGCAGUUUACAACAGGAGAAAAUUACCAAGGAGCAGAUCGAGAGCUGCAAACAGUUCGUCAGAUGAUGAUUGACUUCCUCCAGAACCAUUCCCAGGAGGUGAGACCUCCUGCUUGCCCACCACUGGAUCCAUUAUUGUCCAGUGAUAUUGCAUCUCUUUUUGACAAGAACAGCCACCACUAUACAGCCAUUGUGUUUGAAAGUAACAGCUCCUACGUUGGACGAGAGGUUAUCUUAGACUUGGUCCAGUAUGAAAACAUCGUGGUGAGGAGAGCGUUGAAUUUUGAUAAACCYUUCCUGGAGAAACUGGGGAUCACCUCAGUGCCCUCGUGCUACCUGAUACAGCCCAAUGGCAGCCAUGGAUUAAUUAACAAUUUGAAGCCUCUACGGUCUUUCUUUUCUUCAUAUUUAAAGUCACUGCCAGGUGUACGGAAAAAACUCCUUUUGCCACUCCAGCUGCCUGCUCCAGAAAAYAAAGAGGAGAGCACGGAAAUCAAGGUGUGGAAAGAGUUUGAUAAGUCCAGGCUGUACAUGGCUGACCUUGAGUCGGGAUUGCAUUUCCUGCUCCGGGUGGAGCUCGCCACRCACAAGGCACUCGAGGGAGCUGAGCUAAAAACCUUCAAGGACUUUGUCACCAUCUCUGCCAAGCUUUUUCCUGGCCGUCAGCCUGUGGUGAAGUUGUUAGAGACCUUGCAGGAGUGGCUGGUGAGCCUUCCAUUAGACAAAAUCCCUUAUGAUGCUAUCCUGGAUCUGGUCAACAACAAAAUGCGGAUUUCUGGGAUAUUUCUCACCAAGAAKGUGCAGUGGGUCGGCUGCCAGGGCAGCAGACCAGAGCUGAGGGGCUACAGCUGCUCCCUCUGGAARCUGUUCCAUACCCUCACUGUCCAGGCUGCACUGAGACCAAAGGCUUUGCAAAACACAGGUCUGGAGGACAACCCCCAGAUUGUGCUCCAGGUCAUGAGGAGAUACAUCCAGCACUUCUUUGGGUGCAAGGCUUGUGCUCAGCACUUUGAGGAAAUGGCCAAGGAGUCCAUGGAUUCGGUGAAAAGCUUGGACAAGGCUGUGCUGUGGCUGUGGGAGAAGCACAACGUGGUGAACAACAGGCUGGCAGGUGAUCUGACAGAAGAUCCCAAAUUUCCCAAAGUUCAGUGGCCAACUCCAGACAUUUGUCCUGCAUGUCAUGAGGAAAUCAAAGGACUGCACAGCUGGAAUGAAGACCAAGUCCUGCAGUUCCUCAAGUCCCACUACAGCAGUGAAAAUAUCCUCUAUAAAUACACCGAGAGCCAGACUGACUCCAGUGACAAUGAGCAGGGAGACACGAGGGAGGUGCAAGACAAAAACCUGCCGAAGAACCCCGGGGAAAAUGGAGAAAAUAAACUCCAGGAUAAGGAAAUCCCAAUAGAUUCAGGCUCCAAGGUGUUAGAGAAACCARUGGGAAAUGCUGGAGCUGUCCAAGGUAGCGGCAAAAGCGCGGCUGCAUCCGUGAACCUCCAGGGGACCAGGCAGGCUGUGUCCUUCCUUGGGAUUGGAUUUUCCAACCUCGACAUGAGUCUGUGUGUCAUCCUCUAUGUAGCAUCAUCCUUGUUUUUAAUGAUCAUGUACUUUUUUUUCCGGGUGAGAUCCAAGCGCUGGAAAGUGAAGUAUUAUCGUUCCUCGGUGUAGGAGUUCUCGUUGUACGUGGCUGUUCAGUCCCAGACACAGCUUUAAUAUUUAUGAUCAGGGAUUUUAUACACAGUAUUCCUUGUUUCAGACCCCUUUCUUCCCGAGGUGUUUCCCAGGUGUUCAGCUGAACAGGGUGGAGCUGGCUUUGAGAUCCCCAGCUUUGCCCGAGGCCUCAUCAAUGUCCUCACAAGGGAGGGUUGCAUUUGUCAGUUAAGAUUUUUCCAUGAUUUCCCACCAACAUCCUUUACUCAUUUCCAGAGUAAACAUUGCAUUAUGCAAUCCACUGUGCCUGCUGGAGAAGGAAAUUGGAUAUUGUUUUGUGUACUUCAAGUCAGGUUUUAUUUUUUUUUUAAUUCAUCCAGAGCUGAUUUCACCUCCCCGAGUGCUGAACGGUUCCUCUGAAUGGUACCUUGGCCGCUUCAUUGGGAGAAGCAGGAAUUCUGAUGGUGUUUUUUUUUCAGGAAACAAGAGUUCUAUUCUGAUUAAAUGAAUUCUAAACCUCUGUGACUUUCUGAAAUGUUAUUUACUGGCAUAUUUAAAGUAGGAAGCAUUCAAGUCAUUCAUCCAUUCUCUGGUGCACUCCAGCCAAAGAUGUUUGUGUGUCCACUAGAAUGAGUUUGGGGGCACAAUUAGCAGCAGAUUCUGAUUGCUAUGAAUCUGAAUGCUUAAAUUUUAUUGGAGGUUAGGUGUGAGCAAGGACAGACUCAGACCUGGUGCUUUACUUGCUCCAUUUUUGGGUGUGUUAAUGGAGCAUUGGAUAACUCCAUUUAUAAACCAGGAAAAAAGCUGAGUAAUUAUGGUGUUAUCCAGGUGGAAGCCAAUCCUGACAAACUCUAGGAAAGGAAAAUAAAAUGUUUAAUAAAKGACAGCAAGAUUUGUGUUACCAUAGCAGAACAGAUUGAAAAAUCUGCAUAUGCUGAGUUUCUUCCAUUGAAUUUCUCCUUCACAACAGAGCAAUUAAUGCUUCCCUUGGUGUUUCCAAAAAUCAUCAUUGGGAGUAGGAGUUCCUGUGAUCCUGGCUGGGGGGGAUAAUUCACGUCCUGGAUAGUGAAGUUUAUAAUCCUAUCCAAUGUAAUUGAGCAUGUUCUAGUUAUCCAUUACCUAAUCUUUAGUUAAUCCUAAUAGGUUUUGGCCUCAAUGUUUUCUCGUGGCAGUGAGUUCUCCAGAUUAAUUAUGUUAUAUAAAAGGGCUUUUCCUUUCAAUUCUACAUUUGCAACUUUUAAUUUAAUUGAAUGUUUGCUGGCUCCUCUUACACGAGGAGGAAUGAGGAGUCCCUGGCCAAUUCCCUGUAUUUAUACCAUUGGUGUGUCCUCCUGAUUUCCCUCAUAAGCCCCAGCAUAGAAAGUUUGAAGCCUGACAACAAAAAAGCACAAAAACUUCACAGGUUAUUUUUUCAUAAUCAAAUGUUUGCUCACAAAAUUGAAUAUUUCUGAUAAGUUCCUGCAGCAUCCACUUGGAACAACAAAACUGAGCUGCAAAAUUCACCGUCCCUCAUUGCUUAAAUUUAUCAAAAUAACAUCCACRCAAAGAAACAAGUUUAACAAUUUUCUGGGGUUGUUGUGAAUGUGAUAGGAAAAAAUCUCCGUUCCCAUGGCACUGUCAGUGUGACAUUCCUGUGCUUUGCUGAGCCCUCCUCCCUGCUGGACGUGCUCCAUGGCUCCUGCUCCAAUGUCAGGAAUUUCUCCAGGUUCUCUGUGGAGCUGGAGAGCAGCUCUGCCCUGYCCCACGAGCAUCCUCCAUGGAGCUGCUUUAGAAAACCCUCAGAAUUCCAGAGUUCUGGCAMAAGGAGCCAUCCUGGGCCUCAUCUCUUCAGUAAUUUAUGACUCCCCAUCAUUAGAGAAACCUAUAAGCACAAUAGUGAUGGUGAGCCCAUGGGGGAAGGGGGUCCAGGCUCAUCAGGGUCCUUUGGUUUGGGCUGGAACCCAGUGAGAGACCCCAUGGGGAGGCUCAUGCAGAGGAAAACCUGGAGAUUGCACAUUUAGUUUUAAAAAUCAGGUACCUUUUGGGAGGCCUAAUCUGGGUAGGUGUUCUCAGCCCCCAAUCAAGGACACUUGGCUUUAGAGGAAUAUCCAAACAUCAGGAAAAUCUAACYCUCAGAGCAGUGUUGGAUCUGGGAAAUUGGGGCAGUUAAUUCCUGCUGCCAGUAUUUUUACACAUUCUCAAGUAGAAAAUCAGCCAUUUCUGCUGCUGUUUAGGAUUCUAGCAAAUAUUUAGACCUGGUUUCGUUACCUUUGACUCAUUCUGUUCAUUUUCAUCUGCACAUAACAGCAAAAGGCUUUAGAAGUUUUUAGAGAUGAUUUUGCCAUUAAAAACCAGCAAAUGUGGUUUUGGAAUAAGGUGUUGGGGAGGUUGCUACACACCAUUAACUUCCACAUUCCCUGCUGCAAACACCACAAAAUGAACCAGUAGUCAAACUUCAGUGGAUUUUUUUGUCUCUCCAGAGUAUUAAAGUAUGAAAUGAGGAUGUUGCAUGUCCUUGUUGGUGCUCCAACUCUUGCCAGUGAAGCCAAGGCUUUCACUUCAAUGUCUUUAUCUGGGAAGUUUUUCUUGACUUUGAAUUCACCUGUGUAAAUCUUGGUUUGCUUGGGUUUAUUUUCUGUCUUUWCUAAUGAUAAAUUAUAUCAUUUUAUUUCUCUGUAACGAUACAGUCUGUGCUGGGRGAUGGGUGAUGCUGCCAGGAAAGCGUUUCUGGUUUAAAAAUUGUCCCCAGCCCCAUCUCCUUGAUGUCAGAGGGUUUAUUUGUAUGAUGUGUUGUCCACAGAGGUUCCUGCAAUGCCCCUUCCCUAUGGGGAUCGUGCUGGGCUUGGGGCACUCAGUUCCAAGAGGGAUUUCUGGGCCCUUUGUAAUUCAUGCAGCUUUCUUUGCUCUCAGGAUGUUUUCAAAUAGUAAAUAKUAAAAUAAAAGGAGUAUAAUGUGCCAGGAGAGAGAGAAACAAAAGCUGCCAGUGCUAAAGGAACCUCAUGAAGUUAUUUGUGAGAACUGAUUUUCUAUUUCCAGCAUCCUGCUGUUCCUGCACAGAACUGGAUGGGAACCAAGGUCCCAGGUGUGUUGUUGCACAUGAGGUGUUGAAAAUAGUGAUGAUACCAUUUCAGUAAUUUAAAUGUUCUAUUUAUUUGAAGUCAAUAACUUGACAUUUCCAAGUCUGUUCCGGUUUGGUUGGGUUUUUACUGUCUCAUUCCUCUCAUGGAAGGAWAAGUGACUGUUUUGUACUAAAUUGUAAAUUAAUGUGCUUGUUUAAAAUAAACUGCAAAUGUUUGGGCAAAGUGAUGCGUUUGGGC